AUGCGAUUCUCUCGAGUAGUCUGCCAGGUAGGCAUUCUAGCUGCUGGAGCUGUUGCUUCGGCGGCGGGCCUCAAGCACGGCGAAUACGACUAUAUCGUUGUCGGUGGUGGCCCAGCUGGUAUCAUCACAGCCGAAAGAUUCGUCGAAGCUGGCAAGAAUGUGCUCCUCCUUGAACGAGGUGUUGGUCCGACUGUGGCAACCGGUGCCAACGAGACUCUGCCCUGGAACCGAACCCUGACUCCGAUCGAUCUCCCCGGUCUGUCCGCCGAUGUUGGAUCCCUCGAUGUGUGGAACGAAUACAUCUGCUCCGACACUGCAGGAAUGGCUGCCUGUGUGCUUGGCGGUGGUGUCACUGUCAACUACAUGGUCUUCGUGCACCCCUCGCAGCACGACUUUGACGACAACAGGAACUGGCCAGAUGGUUGGAAGUGGAGGGACAUCGAGCCUGCAGCUGAGAGACUCUACGAACGCAACCCCGGUACCAUCUUGCCCUCCGCCGAUGGGAAGCGCUACGACCAGGGCCUCUACUCUGUCCUCUCCAAGUUCCUCGACAAGCUGGGCUGGAGGUCCGUCGACAUGAUCCGCCAGCCUCACGAGAAGCACCAGGUCUACAGCUACCCAUCAUGGAAUAUCCAGGACCAGGUCCGUGCUGGCCCUGUGCGCACUUACCUCCCUCUGGCCCAGAAGAGCAACAACUUCUCCCUGCGUCUGAACACCAAAGUCCUCCGUGUCGUGCGCUCUGGAAGCCAAGUCACUGGUGUUGAGGUCGAGACUCCCUCUGGCGCAUCUGAGAUUAUCUCGCUUGCUCCCAAUGGCCGUGUUGUUCUUGCUGCCGGCGCCCUCUCUACCCCCCGUCUGCUGUUCAAUUCCGGUAUUGGACCUAAGAAGCAGAUCGAAACUGCGAAGAAGAGCGGCAUCGCUGUUCCCCCCCAGCAGGACUGGAUCAACCUCCCUGUCGGUGUUGGCUUGAAGGACCACCCUAUCUUCACGAUCACAACCAAGACCCCUGGUGACUUCGGCAUCCCCGACUACGAUGCUAUCUUGAAUGGUUCCAGCACCAAGGACAUCAGCCUCUAUGGCAAGGGCAGUGGCCUCCUGACCCAGGGCAAGCACCGAAUGAUCUUCUUCUCUUCAAACGAAGUCCACGGCCACACCCGCUACUUCCAGGGCUCUUGUGCUCCCCAGGAGGACUCCGUUCUCGAGAUCAAGGUGUACCUGACCCAUGGCCUGACUUCGGCCGGUCUCCUUGGCCUGGACGAGAAGCAGAACACCGUGAUUGAAACAUCUCCCUACAUGCAGACCGCCGAUGAUAUCCUGGCUGCCCGCAUGUUCGUCCAGUCGCUUAUCGACGACUUCGGCGCAUCAGACUCUGGAUUUGAGCUCCAGUCCUCCCGCAACGUCUCUGAGAUUCUCGCAUCCCCAUCUACCGGCAAUCACUACACUUCGAGCGCCAAGAUGGGCACCGAUGACGGCCGUAAGAACGGUACCUCCGUUGUGGAUGUCAACACCAAGGUGUACGGAACGGACAACCUGUAUGUCGUUGACGGCAGUAUCCACCCCGACCUUCCCACUGGGAACAUCCAGACCACUAUCAUGGUUGUUGCAGAGGCUGCGGCCGCCCGCAUUCUUGCCCAGUAA